AUGGACGAGCAUGAACAGAAGGGAGAAGGGAGAGGAACCGCCGGCGAAGAGCAAACGAGGCGUGAGGCUGGUUCGUUUGCCUCGCGAUGUUGUUUUUUUUUUUUUGCUUCCUUUUUUUUUUUCUUUGUUGGAGGUGAAGAAGCGCCAAGGCGAGUGUCUAUCCAGGCCGCUGGACGAACAGACAAGCAGAAGACAGAGAGACAGGCAGAGACGGCGGCGAGGGCUCAUAAAGGAAGAGAGGCAAAGAGGUAUCUGGCAAAAGGGCUGCGUUUCCUGGCUGGUUUCCUGGCUGCGUCGUCCAACGAGGAGCUGCAUGAGGGCGGCCAGGUUGGGCCACACUGGGUGCGCGCGCAGGUGCAGCGAGCCAAGGGACAACAAGCUCAUCCUGUUUGUUUGUUUACUGCUGGGCUAACUAGCUACGGACGACGAGAUGGCAGGAUAUACGAAUACAUUGGGCGGGCUCUUGACGAGACGGACAGCAUGAAACGACAGUCUACUACGGGUGCUCGAGAUGAAGGCCGGCCUACGGAGUUGUCUGCUCUGCGGACUCUAUAUAUAUACAGACAGACAAGCAGUCGCCACUUAACUGCUCAACGGCCGCAAGAGGCAAAGCAAAAGGGCACAAGGAAGCAUAUAUAUAAGCUUAACCAAGGUACACACGCCUUUGUGGAUCGAGCCGGCCCUCUCUCUUGGCUGUCUUCUUCCGUGGUUCAUCGGGAUCUUCAUCAUGUUGAUCGAGAUGGUGAUGGUACCAUUUUAUACCGGCCUUUGGACCAAGGACUGGGGAAUAAGAAAGACGAAGAAGGCGACGAAGACGGAAACCUGCUUGAGAAACGAUAA